UCAGAUUCUGUGAAAUGUGCUCGGAUAUACUCAACUUGAUUUAAAAUCCGUGUUUAAAUUAUCUUUUUGCUGAAAGUACAAAGCUAUUACAAGCAUGCACCGACUAAUGAACCUGGGAAAUAGGAACAAUUUUCUGAUCAACAAAUCCGGCGUUGCGCGUAUCAGUGCAGGUGUCGGCACACAGAAAUUUUCUUAUUUAUGUAAUCAACAUAUUUCGGGCCUUAAAAGAUUACUGAAUUGUCGCGAUUUGUUACAAUUCAAAACGGAUCCAAUUUCGCGCGUUCAUUCGACUACUCUAACGCCAGAAAAAUACGAAUCAGUAAAGAAGAAAAAAUACAAAAAGAAUUCUACGAAAUUUGCAGAACUUUUGAAAGUUGAAGAGUCUUCGACUAAAAACACUAAAACGUCUGUACAGAAACUCAAAGCCCAAAAACUGUCAAAUUUUAUAAAAGAUCAUAUUUCACAUGAGAUGCAGUCUGCAAAAAAAAUUGAUGCAGCUUCAAAAUUAACUUCGGAAAUUUCAGCCAGUACUGCAAGUUAUAGCAUUGCCGAAACUCCGAUAAUUUUCAUCGGAAAAGAUAUGACAGAAACAAAUCUAUCAAACGAAACUCUAGCAGAAAUUUUAGAAAGCUAUCGAUUGCUGAAUGAAGCUCAUAGCAAAGCAACAGAAAGCAGACAGUACACUGAAGACAUGAUAGAGACCGAAUUUCUCGAAAAUGUUGAACCAGUUCUCGAGACAGAAACUGUUGAAAAGCCGGCCAAAGCCAAAAUUAAGAAACAGGACGCUAAACAAUCCGAUGGAAAAGAAAAGAAACCCUCAAAGUACUAUAAAACACCGGAACAUGAAUUGUUAGCUCGCCAAAAAAGUUUUCGCGUUACACUUACUGCGUAUUUAGACAUUUGUGUUACGAGCGGAAUGAUAAAUCGUGCCUUUGCUACCGUACUGAAUUACCGGUACAAGCGUAAUAAACAAGAUUUAAAUAUUGACAUUUACAAUAUCCUUCUACACGGUUAUGCCAAAAGUGGCAACUUUUUAAAAGUAAAAGAUAUCGUCAAAAUUUUGAAAGAAGACGGUAUUGAACCCAAUCAUCAAACGUAUGCUGCAAUUUUUGAAUGCAUAGGACGGCUUGAAGCCACGGAAAAACAUUUAGCAGAUGCAAAAGAUUAUCUCGCAGAAGCAGAAUCUAAAGGAAUUACAAUGAAUGACGUGAUGGAUCGCAGUAAAUUCACGCAAGAUCAACGUGAAAAAGUUUUAAGUUUGUUCAGUGGAAUCGAUCCAACAUUUUGUCCUCGCUAUACGGCACCGUCAUUGUUGUACGACAAUCACUUACUGAAUGCGCUUAAUGUACAUGUGAAGCCAAUCGACGGCGAGGAAAUAGUUCAUGAUCAGAAUUCUACAAUUACCGGUUCGGAAGUUAUGAAUUCAAAAAUGGGAUUUACAAUGCAACAGUUGCAACAUUUCAGCGCUGAACAGAUCGAGUUGGAGCUUAAAGGACAACUAGCAGUUAAAAGCAUUCAGCACUUUCCAGAACCGAAUGCAACUGUAAAAAAAUAUCGUAAGGAAUUGGCAGAGCUUCGUAAUUCAUGGACAAAGCAGAUAUCCGCUGCCUUUCGCCGAGAUAUUAACACGUUAAAGGCAAUUACUGAAUCGAAAUCAAAUCGGGCCGUAAACUUAUUUCCAUAUUUGAAAGCUCUUAGUAUCGCCCAAUAUACAGAAAUUCUACUUACCGAAGCUCAACAGUUGUUGGAGGGUUCAGAUAGUUUUAGUAUCGGUGUUCCACAUCUCAAUCGUGAAUUAGGUCACAAAGUUGAGGCUCGUUACCACAUCGAGCAAAAGCGUCAAAAUGGCGUACUUGAUAAAACGGAAGAAGUUUACAAAGUCUAUUGUGAGGUACUGGCGAAAGGUAACAGUAGUGAUAAUUCAAGACAGUUGUGGCAACGGAUAGUUCAUCACAGCCGAAAGGAUGGUGCAAGUAUGGAUAUACAGAGCAUCGCGUGGCCUAAAGCUGCUGUUAAUGGAGUAGGAAAGUUCUUGUACAGCAUUUUGAAGAAUGAUCUUAAGGUCAAUGUAAAUGCAACAGCACCAGGAAAUCGCCCUGUAAAACUGGUACCUGCUUUCUAUGCAUUGUUUCGUUAUGACUCAAAGAUCGCCAAAGAGCAAAUAAAGCCACAUCCUGUUCUAGUUAAACUCUACCGAAAGUCACAACAAAAUUUGCUAAAUUUUGAAAUGAACCUCAUCCCAAUGUUGUGUCCUCCACAACCGUGGAGUACUCCAGUAAAUGGAGGUUAUAUCCUUGCAAAGUCAGAACUUAUACGAUUACCUCACCAAGCGCAUCAACAGACGGAAAGAAUAAGUAAUACCGAACUGAAACACAUUUACCCUACGCUUGACUCCCUCAACCAACUGGCCAGUAUACCCUGGAGAAUCAAUGGCACUGUGCUGGACGUAGUGUUGGAGAUCUUCAACAAAGGCGGUAAUACAAAACUUGAUGUUCCCGAACCUCCAAACUCGUUACCACCGGUCGAGAAUACUGUUCCUAAAAACGAAAUGUCGAGUUACGAUAAAUUUAACAUGAUGCGAAAGAAGAUAAAUCAUCGACGGAAACAGGGAGACAUGUUCAGUCUAUGGUGCGAUGCGUUGUAUAGGCUUUCGUUGGCCAAUCAUUUUCGAGAUAGAGUCUUUUGGUUACCGCAAAACAUAGACUUCCGAGGUCGCGUUUAUCCGAUUCCUCCUCACCUGAACCAUCUAGGGCAUGACUUAGCACGCAGUUUAAUGAUAUUCCAUCAGAGAAAGCCUCUUGGGCCGGACGGUUUCAAUUGGCUUAAGCUGCACUGUAUAAAUUUAACCGGUUUGAAGAAGCGAGAUUCGAUACAAGAUCGGUUACUGUAUGCUGAUGCAAUCAUGGAUGAUAUUCUUGACUCUGCGGAUCACCCUCUGACGGGGAGAAUGUGGUGGAGUCAGUCGGACGAACCUUGGCAAACUCUUGCGUGCUGUAUGGAAAUCGCUAAAGUUCAUCGAUGUCCGGACCCAACUGAGUAUCUUAGUGAUUUUCCAAUCCAUCAGGACGGGUCAUGUAAUGGAUUGCAGCAUUAUGCAGCACUCGGACGUGACACACCGGGUGCUAUUAGUGUAAACCUGUCCACAUCAGAUGUACCGCAAGACGUGUACAGUGCAGUCGCUUCAUUGGUAGAAGAAAAUCGAGCUAAAGAAGCUGCCAAUAACGUUCAAGUAGCCAAGAUACUUGAAGGCUUCAUUAAGCGAAAGGUAAUCAAACAAACUGUGAUGACAACCGUAUAUGGCGUCACGCGAUACGGUGCUCGAAAGCAGAUCGCCCGCCAGUUAGAAUACAUUGAUGAAUUCCCGAAAGAUUGGGUGUGGCCUGCGUCAAGUUAUCUCACGGUGAAAACUUUUAACGCUCUCAGUGAAAUGUUCACAUCAGCGAAAGAAAUUCAAGAUUGGUUCACUGAUUGCGCACGGCUAAUCUCUGCUGUCCGAGGUCAAAAUGUAGAGUGGAUCACUCCUCUCGGUCUUCCCGUAGUUCAACCAUACAAUCGACUUGAUCGUCCAGUUUCGUUAAAAUCCCACAAAAUACCGGAACUAGUUGCCAUAGAUUCAUAUGAAAAACCCAACAUUAUGAAGCAGAAAAAUGCAUUCCCUCCUAACUUCGUUCAUUCGCUAGACUCGAGCCAUAUGAUGCUAACCUCGCUGCACUGUGAACGGGCUGGACUGACAUUCAUCUCCGUUCAUGAUUGUUACUGGACUCAUGCCUGCACAGUACCAACGAUGAAUAAGAUUUGUCGCGAACAAUUUGUUGCCCUUCACUCGAAGCCAAUUCUAGAAGAUCUUUCGAAAUUCUUGGCUCAAAAAUAUAGCUACAAUGAAAGCGAAAUAUCCAACGACGGUUCGGUAAUCGAUCUAACGAAACGCAAACUCAAUCUGAUACUUCAACAAUAUCCAAAUAAGGGUGACUUUGACCUGCGGCAAGUGUUGAACUCAGUGUACUUCUUCAGUUAGAAUUGAUGGUUUUUAAGCAACAAGAGCAAUCGGCGAGAAUCUAGUCAGGAGCAAAAGGUGCACAACAUUCGAUUAUAGAUUGUUUAUUUUAUUCUCGCAGAUUACAACGGAAAUUGUAAUUACAAUGAUUUUUGCGGAAUAAUUUACCUACUUAACUUUUUGAGCAGACAAAAAAUAUAACCGAUCGAAAUAU